UGAAAAGCAAUGGAAAGACUGGCACUGCCAACUUCAUUAAAGUGCCAUUGGCAGAUGGCCGGCCACACAACAUUCUGCUGCACUUCAGUGGGCUGAUGCAUAGCACUCCUAGCAUGACUUUGUAUGUUGACUGCAAGCUGGUGGAGGUAGUGGAGGAACUGCCAGCUGCCUUCAAGAUGCUUCCUCCUGGCCCUAAUCGAGUGGCACUUAAAGUCAUGCCAGCAACAUCAGAGAAUAGUGUGUCAGACCUAAAGCUGGUCCUUGGUGAAACUGUUGAGAACGUUUUGGAGCUUCAGGACUGCACACUGCAACAGGGUGAACAAAUGCAGUUACUGGGUCACACAUCAAGGGUCGAGUCAGGUUCCAUGUUCGAACUACUACGGAUAAUCCAAGAGCUGAAAGAGAAAAUAGAGCAGCAGAUACAGGAGACUACCAAUCUAAGGAGAAUAGUUAUGGAGUGUUUGCCAUGUGAUGGAAAUAACAGGUACCCAGACGGACCGGCCAAGUGUGCGCCAGGAGUGUGUUUCCAGCAGAGCAUGUGUACAGAGACAGAGCAAGGUAUUAGCUGUGCUCCAUGUCCUGUAGGCUACACUGGAGACGGAGUUCAUUGUGAAGAUGUGGAUGAGUGUCAGAUGAACCCCUGUUUUUCCAAUGUGAAAUGCAUCAACACAUCCCCAGGGUUCCGGUGUGAAAGUUGCCCCAGAGGUUACAGUGGGCUGCCAGUGCAGGGUGCAGGCAUUGCAUUUGCCCAAUCAAAUAAGCAGGUCUGUAAUGACAUAGAUGAAUGCCAGCGUGGGGACCAUGGAGGCUGCACCCCUGAUUCCUACUGCUACAACACAAUGGGUUCAUUCCAAUGUGGUGAUUGUAUGCCUGGUUUCACUGGGGAUCAAGUGAGUGGUUGCAAGCAGAUUGGACCCUGGCCUGGUUCUGGUACUCUUGAACCUGCUGCUUUAUCCAAAAGACUGUGUGGGAAUGGCCAGCCUAACCCUUGUGAUGCCAAUGCCCAAUGUAAAGUAGAGAGAGAUGGAAGCAUCAGCUGUGAGUGCAACAUUGGCUGGGCAGGUGAUGGUUAUGUGUGUGGGAAGGACACAGACAUCGACGCCUACCCAGACAGAAAACUUCAAUGCCAAGAUGCGAACUGCAAGAAGGACAACUGCAUGUAUGUGCCUAAUUCAGGCCAGGAGGAUGCAGACAGGGACGGAAAAGGCAAUUCUUGUGAUGAGGAUGCAGACAAUGAUGGCAUUCUCAACGAAAAGGACAACUGCUGGUUGAUUCCAAACGUAGACCAGAAGAACAGUGACAAAGAUGUGCACGGCGACGCAUGUGACAAUUGUGUAAGAGUAAAUAACCCAGACCAGCGGGACACAGACCAGGACGGACUGGGAGAUGAUUGUGAUGAUGACAUGGAUGGUGACGGUUUGAAAAAUAUUUUGGAUAACUGCCAGAAAGUUCCCAAUCCUGACCAAAGAGACAGUGAUAGCGACGGAGUUGGAGAUGUUUGUGAUAGCUGCCCUAGUAUGCCCAACCCCAGCCAGUCUGAUGUGGAUGAUGACCUCGUGGGAGACACUUGUGAUACUAACACUGACAGUGAUGGGGACGGACACCAAAACACCAAAGACAACUGUCCAACAGUAAUCAACAGCUCUCAACUAGACACAGACAAAGACGGGCUGGGAGACGAGUGCGAUGAUGAUGAUGAUAAUGACGGCAUCCUGGAUAACAACGACAACUGCAGACUGGUGCCAAAUCCAGACCAAAAAGAUACAAACAAUAAAGGGGUGGGUGAUGCCUGCAGGGGAGACUUUGACCAGGAUAAGGUCAUUGACAUAAUCGACACAUGUCCUGAGAACGCUGAGAUCACGCUGACAGAUUUCAGAGCCUAUCAGACUGUGGUGCUGGACCCAGAGGGCGAGGCUCAGAUUGACCCCAACUGGAUCGUCCUUAAUCAGGGCAUGGAAAUUGUUCAGACUAUGAACAGUGACCCAGGACUCGCAGUGGGUUACACUGCUUUUAGUGGAGUUGACUUUGAGGGCACCUUCCAUGUGAACACAGUGACUGAUGAUGACUACGCUGGCUUCAUCUUUGGCUACCAGGACUCAUCCAGCUUCUACGUGGUUAUGUGGAAGCAGACGGAGCAGACCUACUGGCAGGCUGUACCCUUCAGGGCCGUGGCCGAGCCUGGCAUCCAACUCAAGGCUGUGAAAUCCCAAACUGGUCCGGGAGAGUUCCUGAGGAAUUCUCUGUGGCACACUGGAGACACCAAGGAUCAGGUGCGGCUUCUGUGGAAGGAUUCUCGCAAUGUGGGCUGGAAGGACAAGGUGUCAUACCGCUGGAACCUGCAGCAUCGGCCUCAAGUCGGAUACAUCAGGGUCCGUUUUUAUGAGGGAAAUGGCUUGGUGGCAGACUCUGGAGUGGUUAUCGACACAAGUAUGAGAGGUGGCCGACUGGGUGUGUUCUGCUUCUCUCAGGAAAACAUCAUCUGGUCAAACCUGAAGUAUCGCUGCAACGACACGAUACCAGAACACUACCAGGACUACAUUGAACAGAACAUCUCCAGUUAAGAGAACACACUCAAACUACACAGUAAUGUAACCAGACAUAUAUUAGAAAAGGACAGACUGGGUCAGGUAAUGGUAUUCAAAUGAUCAUUGUUAAUGUAAUUCAUAUGUUAUCAUUGUUUGUAUGUAAAGCAUUUCAUGCCAGUGAUAUCAAAACGUUUUUGGCUUUCAGCAGGCAACAUUUUCAUCAGACCCCAGUUUUAUGUUUUUGUGCCUUAAUAUCUAAAAAUAUAUAGACCAUAAAAUACCUCUGUUGACAUCAAUUCAUUGAAAUGCAAUUUUAAAAAAACUUUAUAAUUUUAU